AGCCUCAAAUACAGCAGCGAAGCUCCAAGAUGGCGCAAGCAAUAUUCGAGGCGUUGGCAGGGAUAGACAACCAGACGGUGCUGGCCGUACAGUCGCUGCUCGACAGUCAGGGCGGGGUCUCUGACCCAGGUGCGCAGGGGGUGCAGCCCCCCAGUGUACAGACCCCCCUGGACGAGGAGGACGUCUUCCUGUGCGGACGAUGCAAGAAGCAGUUCAACUCGCUGCCGAGCUUCGUGGCCCACAAGCGGGAGCAGUGCCAGGGCAGCAACACCUCCCUGCCCCCCGGACCCUUCACACCCGCACCCCCCCCGCCCAGCCGACAGCAAGUGCCGACGUACAUCACGCUGCCCCACUCUCCCCUCACCCAGGCGCUGGUGCAGGGCAACAUCGUGGUGAGUGACGAGGUGCUGAUGUCGGCCAUGUCGACCUUCACCUCGCUGGACCAGCCCAUGGGGGCCCUGUCCCUCCCCCAACAGAGCGGCCACAACCUGGCACCGGGACCCUUGUACAUCCCAGCCCCCCCUCCGCAGCCAGCACCCGCCGCCCUGCCCCCGCCGGUGCACACCACGGCCAACGGCGGCGCGGUGGUACAGGUCUACAGCGCCUUGGCAUCGCUGGGCAGCGGCUCCACAGACGGGAACUCGCUAGCCAUGCCGCACUUCCAGGUUCCGGGCCCGUGUGGGGAGAGUUCACCGUUCACCAGCCCCCCCGUCUACAGCCCGGGCAAACAUGGCUUCAAGACCAAGGCCGGCAGCAUGGCGGCUGCUCCGGCCCUCAGCCCCGUCAAUGCCCACAGCAACGGCACCGGCAAUGGGACACUCACCGGCUACCAGCCCGACCCACCCAAGGCCCGGCUCACCAAACAGCCCAUCAGCAUCCAGGAAGGUAAAAGCAAGUUGCAAAAACUCAAAUGCCACUAUUGUGACAAAAUGUUUGCCAAGAACUUUGAUCUCCAGCAACAUAUCAGAAGCCACACCGGGGAAAAGCCGUUCCAGUGCAUCGUAUGUGGCCGAGCGUUUGCGCAGAAAUCCAACGUGAAGAAGCACAUGCAGACGCACAAGGUGUGGCCAGCAGGUCAGGCCCGAUCCUCCGUCUCCAUGCAGGUGGUGACGGUCAGCCCGGAGAGCAAGCGGCCACGGGGAGAGCGUGACGCCAUCGGUCAGUCCACCGUCCACCAAACGCCAGCGCCAUUAGCCUGCGCCCUUUUAUUUUUAGAUGGCUUACAACCCAGUGGUCUGUCGGAGAGCAUGGAGCAGGAUGGGCGGCUGAGCUCGGAGCUGCCCCCUGGUGACGGGGGUGGGGAGGGGCGGCAGAUGCUGGUCAUCGACAGCUCCUACCAGUGCCAAUUCUGCCCCUGUAAAUUCCUCACCUACUUCCAGCUCAAGUCGCACAUGAUCCAGCACAAGAACCAGCAGGUGUACAAGUGCGUGGUGAAGAACUGCACGCAGACCUUUAUGAAGCUGGAGGAGUUUGUGGAACACAUCAAGAACCACGAUGACGAGAUCACCUACCGCUGUCACCUCUGCAACAAGAUCUUCCCCUCGCUGUACGAGCUUGGCGUGCACCAAUACUCCCACAGCUUGUACCCACAGCAGCUGCCCAAGAAAGGGCCCACCUUUUACAGGUGUUCGAGAUGUUUGAGUAAAUACUCCACACCGGAGGCUCUUGAGCAUCAUCUACAGACUGCCACUCACAACUACCCCUGCCCACACUGCCAGAAGGUAUUUCCCAGCGAGAGGUAUCUGAGGAGGCAUCUCCCCGUACACGGUGGAGGGGGGGUCUUCAAGUGCCAGAUCUGUAAAAAAUCUUUCAAAACGGAGCACUAUCUCAAACUUCACCUGCUUAUUCACUCUGGUGAAAAACCAUUCAAAUGCUCGUUAUGUUCAGCAGCUUUCAAUCGCAAAGAUAAAGUCAAGAGGCACAUGCUGACUCACGACCCUGUCAAGAAAUUCAAGUGUCCCUUCAGGGUACAUUCUGGAUGCACAAAAGAAUUCAACAGGCCGGAUAAACUCAAGGCGCAUAUAAUCGCACACUCAGGUAUCAAGCCGCACAAGUGCCAGUACUGCAGCAAAUGCUUCAGCCGCCGGGCGCACAUGACGGAGCACCAGCGCUCGCACACGGACUCGUACGCACUGCGCUGUGUGCCCUGCGGCCGCGGCUUCACCCGGGAGAAGUACCUGAAGCAGCACCGCUGUGGCUCCCGCGCUGACGAGCGGCAAGUCAGGAAGAGGCGGUGCGCCGCCCGCCGGGGCCCCAGCCGGCCCAGGAGAGCUCCAGCCGGGAGCCGCACGGCCAGGCGGACCGAAGGCGAGGACUCGCUGCCCGGCUCCGGGGUGGCCGAGGCGAGGGACGGAGCCGCUGCCGACUGGCCAGAGCCUGAGGGCAGUGAGGACUCAGUGCUGGCGGACGGUGCCAGCGUGCCCGGGCUGCCUGCUGGACAAACCCUGCCCAUGGCCCCCGUCCCCGCCUACGUCCAGACCCCAGAGUGAACCUGCUCUCCCCUGGACUUUACACAGCAAAGGGGAAAAGUCGCCGAGAUUUCAUCCGGUGAAGAAACGGGGCAUUAGUGCAUCCCUGGCAACUUUUACAGAGCGGGGAGCUGAUUUGUUACACAUGGACCAAGCCACGGGGCAAGCAAGCUGCAAAUAAAACAGAUUUUUUAAAUAAAACUAAAACAAAACUUUUCCCUGCAAUCUUUUACAUCCUGGGAAAUAACAUACACAAAGUGCUGGAGUAACUAAGAGGGUCAGGCAGCAAUGGGGUAGGGGUGAAUCAGACAGAACCCUGGCUUCUGGAAGGACCAUUUAGGAGCCUGAUAUCAGAGGGGAAGAAGUUGUUCCUGAGUCUGGUGGUGCGCACUUUCAAACGUCUGUGCCUUCUACCGGAAAGGAGCAGGGAGAAAGAGGAAUGAUCAGAGUGGGACAAGUCUUCAAUUGUGUGGUGGUGUGCACUUUCCUCCUGGUGCUUCGGUUUCCUCCCACAUUCCAAAGACGUGCGGUUUUGUAGGUUAAUUGGCCCUCUAUAAAUUGCCACUAGUAUGUAGGGAGUGGAUGAGAAAAUGGGUAAACUUAAAACUAGUGUGAACGUGUGAUCGACAGUCGGCAUGGACUCGGUUGCCGAAAAACCUGUUUCCAUGCUCAGUGCACAGUGGCCCAGCAGUUGAGUUGCUGCCUUACAGCGCUAGAGACACAGGUUCGAUCCUGACUACGGGUGGUGCCUGUGUGGAGUUUGAACGUUCUCCCUGUGACUGGGUGGCUUUUCUCCGGUUGCUCCGGUUUUCUGUUACAUCCCAAAGACAUACAGAUUUGUAAGUUAAUUGGCUUUGGUAAAUUGUAAAUUGUCCCAAGAGUGUAAGAUAAUGUUAGUGUAAGGGGUGAUCGCUGGUCGGCUCGGACUCGUUGAGUUGUAGGGACACACCGUCUUUGCUAGCUCCCUCUAGUCUUAAGUCUGAAGAAGGGUCCCGACCCAAAAAGUCACCUAUCUAUGUUCGACAGAGAUGCUGCCUGACCCGCUGUGUUACUCCAGCUAUUUGUGUGUUUUUCUGUAAACUGCCACCUUCCUUGUUUGGAACUCCUUCUGGAUGGAGCCAAUGAAUAACUCUUCUGUGAAUCAUAUGUUGUGUAUUUCAUGUACAUAGUUUCCAUGUGACUGUCAUCCACUCUGCAUAUUUGGGGAAAUUUUCAUAAUCAUGAGUAAAAUGGGUGAGAACAUGACAGGUGCAGAUUGUGCUCACCUUCUCGAGAGAAAUUUGAAUAUUUAACUUCCAUUUAAUUACUAAAUUAACUUUUUGUUAUAGGAUGGAAAGUUUCUGCCUCAUCCCCCCUUGCAUCUCAUCGGCUGACACAGGGCUGGUAACAGACAUUUGCCUAGAACAUAUCUGGUGACUUUCCUUAACUUCCUUUAAUUUUAUGAAACAUUUCCUUGAAUUUAAUUGAACAUUUUGUUGAAUAAGUAUCGGUAAAUCGUAAAUAACCAGGGUACACCGCCCCUUUAAGACACAGCGGCCAUAGCCCCGCCACGUCGGGACACGAUGCUCCUGCCCAUAUAUGGCAUUAACCACGCCCCCUUUCCACGUCGAGCGUCCUGCGUCAUUAA